AGCUACCUUUGCUUGCAGAGGAAGAGGCAAAUGUUGAAAGGAGAGCAGCUCAUACCACAGAGGGCUGGAGAACGGCAACUUCACUUAGAGAAAGGAGAAAAACCCAAAAAGAGCAAGAGAUGUUUGCCAUAAAGAUAGUGAGAGGGGCAAAGCAGGAAAGGAUCCAUUUGCUGUGAAUCUGAACAUCAGAGAGGGCAGAAGGCUUUUUCUCCCUCUUCUUCCCCCCAGGGGCUUCUCAUGGCAGGACAAACAUCCUCUUCAGACUGUUCUCAUCUCAUUGACCACAGCCACAUCCCUGAGUUUGAAGUGUCUCCUUGGAUUAAGAUCACUUUGGCCUGUGUGUAUGUCUGCAUCUUUAUUGCGGGCAUCCUGGGCAACAGCAUCACCAUCAAGGCCACUAGGAUCCUGCAGAAGAAGGGCUACCUGCAGAAAGAGGUCACAGACCACAUGGUGAGUCUGGCCUGCUCUGAUCUGCUGGUCAUCCUGCUGGGUAUGCCCGUGGAGUUCUUCAGUGCUAUCUGGAUCCCCUUUUCUACCCCCAAUGGCAAUGUGGCUUGCAAGCUCUACUACUUCCUCUUUGAAGUCUGCAGUUAUGCCACUGUGCUGCAUGUUGCCACCCUCAGCUUUGAGAGGUAUGUGGCUAUCUGCCACCCCUUUAAGUUCAAGGCCGUCUCUGGACCCCGCACGGUGAAGCUGCUCAUCGCCUUUGUCUGGGGGAUGUCUGUCAUAGUGGCUCUGCCUCUGCUCUUUGCCAUGGGCACGGAAUAUCCCCUGGAAGCCGUUGAGGGCUACCAAGGUACGACUGCCUGCAAGAAGCCUAUGCCCAGUCACCACCCUCCUGAGCUGAAGCACAAUAUGACUGUCUGUACCAGCCUUUCCUCCAAGUGGUCUGUCUUUCAGGCCAGCAUCUUCAGUGCUUUCGCUGUGUACAUCAUAGUGCUGGGAUCUGUCACAUUCAUGUGCCACAGCAUGAUGAAGACCCUGAUGAUCCACAAGGAAGGAACUGUGGCAGUGAAGAGCAGACUAAAACACCAGGAACAGUACCUAAGAAAAAGUGAGAGCUCGGAGGGCAAGAGCUCCAGGAGACAGAUCAUUUUAUUCCUGGGACUGAUUAUUGCAACUCUGGCCAUAUGCUGGAUGCCAAACCAGGUUAGAAGGAUCAUGGCUGCUGCUAAACCGAAGCAGGACUGGACUGUUCCCUACUUCAGAGCGUACAUCACUCUUCUUCCCAUUGCUGACAUCUUCUUCUACCUCAGCUCGGUGGUGAACCCCUUCCUGUACAACAUCUCUUCUCAGCAGUUCCGCAGCGUGUUCCUGCAGGUCCUUCGCUGCCGCCUGACCAUACAGCAUGCCAACAAGGAGAAGUUUCUCAGAGCAAACCAGAGCUCCAGAGCAAGGAGCAGCAGGUCUCUGCGCCCACUGCUCUUCAUGUCAUCUAGGCGCAAUUCUUCUAUGAGUAGCAAUAACAAAGUUUUCUUAAGUACUUUUCAGAAUGAGACCAAGUCUGACUGCAGUCCACAGGAACCAGGACCCGAACCACAGCAGCCCAUCUCGGAAGGAGUGCCCCUGGAGACUAGCUUAGAGCCCAGCCCAGACACACCAAACGGCCUUUGUGAACAUCAAGUAUGACUUCAUAAGGCAAAGUUAAUGAUUAGCAAUGAACUUAAAAACAUGGAAAUCAAAAUGACCAAGGAAUUAACUACAUCUUAAAAGGAAUAACAUAGGUGGAUUUGUUUCCAGUUAUGCAACAAGAGCAGAGUUCUGUAUCCUGCUGCUGGGAUUUUUAAGUGCACACUGGAAAUUCAAUCUGCUAACUGAAUUCAUUAGCUGCCAAAAAUACCAGCCCCUUUCUCCCCACAACCACUGAACUUCCCUCUUUGUUGACAGGGAUUUGGAAACAAACAGAAAAUAACUGCAGUGUCUGAAGAAAGGAGGAGACAGAACAAACUGUGUCAAGGCAAAAAAACUUGCUUGAAGUUUAGCAAUACAAAACCCACAGAGCCAAUGUAAGGAGCAGAACAGUGGUUAUCAUGUGUGCCCUUGGCACCACACCAGAAUUCCCCCUCUUCUUCGGCCGGGGUCCAUUGCAGAGUGGAGUGUUGCAGCAGCUGAUACAAACAGAGUUCACCUUCCCUGGAGAACAAAAGGACUGGUACCCCGCAGAGGCUAUCAGACACGCUGCUGAAGAGGCGCAGGAUUUGCGGUACAUGAUUCCUGUGACACAGAGCAAAGGUUACUUAGUUUGAUAUGAACAUGGUUUUGCUUUACAACAUGAUUCGUGCUUGAAAACUGUUGCAAAACCUGUUUACAUUUCCAAAUCCAUGCUGGUGAUUUGAGCCAGAGCCUUCAGCUGUGACAUGGCUAACGGCUCUGCACUACAGGAGAAGCACAGCCAUUCUGCUUUGGAUUUUCCUUUUAUUUGAUUCUGGUUGGAACCAAAACUAUUAGACUCAAAUGAUACCCAGAAUUCCCGUCUUUUGGAAUAAACGGCUGGAAUAGCUGUAACUGAAAUGCAGUUAGUUUCAAAAUGGCUUUUGUAUCUGUUGCUGAACACGUCUGAGUUAAGGUGUCUAAUUACAGUUUUCUAUGCUGUUAA